AUGGUUGAUGCCGUCCCGCUGGGGCGUCACCCUGCCGCCACCUCGUCCCCCGGGGUGGCCGCUGCGGCAGUUGUUCCAGUGGCAGCUGUUGCUCCGAACAAGGAGUUGCCGACGAGGAGUGGUAUCUCUUGGCGAAUCGCGUUCGUUGUAGAUCGUAUUACCUCCUGGUUGAAGUGCGGCUCCCGUAACGAUCCUUGCAAUUUGAUGCAACCCUUCUACUUACUCGCCAGGUCUUCUUCAAAUAUAGUAGGGGUGAUUGCCUCAUUCGUUAUUUCCUUUAUCUGAAUAAAAGGGUGACGCGCUUCUUCCGCGUGUACUCUCUUGCUUCCUGUAGUUUUAGAAGGCGAUAUCGUUGUCUGAAAUUUCCUCAUUGAAUUCCCCGGUUUGAAAACUUGCGAUUCCAAUGUUGAGUUCUGGACGUGUAUCUGUUACGUUUUGGUGAGAUACCCUCCCCGAGAGCAAAAUAAUUAUGUUUAACCUCGAACCUCAGAGGGAAAAAUUCGCAUGGUGGUCUUGGUGACUUUUCUUGUAGUGGGGUCUCAUUGUCCUUGCGAAGUGGUGGAUAUUUCCUCAAUUAUACAUUGAUUUUCUUGAGCUCCGCAUUAUAGAGCUGAACAGAGUUUUUAGUACGAUGGCAAUGCCCUUUAUAUUCUCGAUUGCAAUGGUGAUAAUUCUCAAGUUUUAAACACUAUACUGAAUGUAUUUCAAAUAUUUGUCAAUUGUGAAGUUCAGAUACUCGUUACUGUUACAGGUUAAGAGUGUAUUGGUUAUUGUUGCCGGAAUUCGCCAAGAGCAGGGUUUUCAUGCAUAAUUUACGUAAAAAUAUCUAAUAGUGUAGAUGGUGGUGACACAGCAGCAUGAGCAGAGUCUCUAAACAGUGUAAUUUCGUACAUAGCUUGUAUAAUUCAACGAAGAAGCGGCUUCCAGCUAAAUGAUGCAAGAAAUCUGACUAACGUGCAGUGGCGAGGGAUAGUUUAAAUGAAAUAAUUACAGUAUUUUGAUGUGCAUGUGCACGCAUGUUAUUAGUUUCGUGUAAUGCAAGCAUGUUAUCGCUUCAUUGUUGUCAUCCAAAAACACAGUCAAUCCUGUUCACUAUUUUCUUUUAUCCAUGUGGCAUCUACGGCACUUGGUUGAUUUGUUAAUAUUUGAUGUAUUAAUCCCUUUCGAAAGGCAUAUUGGGACUGAGUUCAUGUAAUCGUUUGUUUUGAUUAAAAAACUGCUUGGGGACUGAUUUUUCUUGGUGAAACAGAUUCAUCGAUUUCUCUGUUACGGCUGGUGAAGUUUAUGCCGGUGCUCAUGAUUUGCCACCUCUUAUAAAGCAGGUUUAUGGAUAUAUCUUUUCUAUUUUCGCUUAGACCUGCGCAUCCGUGUAGAAUCCUAACCGUUGUCAUUUUUUAUCAUGACGUCCAUAAGGUGUAUAAAUUCAGAAAUGAGGCUUCUCUUCAACCUGCUAUUAUGAUGUUGCUAAUUUCUGUCAAGGUAUUUCUUUCCCAGCUAGUCACUCUCCCUUUGCAUGUUUUUUUGGGCAGGACAACCUUGCUUUCUAUGUGCAAUAUAUUUUUUGAAUCUUCUUGUCGAGUUCCCAGGGAUAUCUAUUUAGCGGUUGUUAUUGAAUUUUUAGCUUUGAUUCAUUAUUAUUUAUGUUUUCGCUGGUUUCCACGUCUAUCUUUUCUUUAACUCAUAUUGGUAUUUAAACCUGAUGACACCAUUGUUUUGAUUUGUUACUUUGGAAAACUCUACCCUGUCUCCAGUAAUGAAAUAAGAUGAGAUUGUGUUUCCAUUUACUUUGGGAGAUAGCUACCUUAGAAAGAUCAAAUGUACUGAUAAUAUGUAAACUGAUGUCUUUUAUCUUAUUCAUUGUAGAGUAUCCGUGUGAUUGGCCUCAGAUGCAUGAGCUGAAAUGCGACAACUAAGAUCUAUUUUUCUAUGUUUCAGUUUCUGAUGUACAUCUUUGAUAGAUCCUAUGUUGUCCAAAUUUGGCCUUUUUAGACUCUUGGCAAAAACUAACUGUUGAUGAUAGUUUGUACAACAGCCAUAAAAUAAGACAUUCCUGAAUCUUUGUUCUAUAACCACGGUUGUUUUUAUUUGGAUUAUGACAGUGGACUUGGUGAUGAUGAUCACCAUGGUUGUUUUAUUGCUGUAAUAGUCGGCUCAUUUUCUUCCAUGGUGGUUUGGUGGCCUCUAGAUGAAAACGGCAAUAUCUAAUAGAAGUAUCACUAGAGUCUGCCAUCCAUCUCCCUCUAGCGAUGAGUGUUUUGCCUUUUUGGCUUUUUUAUGAGGUGUACCCCCAGGAUGCCAAUAAGUCGUUGUUUGACAAGUAUGAUAGUUUCAUGAGCCCACAGAAUUAUAAUAAUUGGUCAGAUUCAACAGCAGUUAGCGAUCACAAAUUGGAAUCUCAUCAAUCACCCGAAUUUGAGAAAUGAAAAUUUUAAAGUAUGUCCACCUAUUAACAGAUUGCUUCAAAGAUGGAGCCCUAUACUUCAAGUAUGGAUUAGAAUUUUAAUCAUUAAACUUAGGGGUCGUCAAUCUCGAUGUAAUUCUCAUGUUAGGUACUUAAAGUCGCAUGCCGCUUCUUACAUGUAAAAAAAUAUGAAAAUUUUCAUUUCGCUUGUAACAGAUGCCAAUAAUGUUAUUAGGACAUUGUUUUUAUAGGACUAUUUGAUUACUAGUACAUUCUGCAGAAAAAAGGAAACCUUAUUAGAUGGGUAUUCGUAUCAGUAGACUGAGAAAUUCGAUUUUAUUUUUGAAAAAUAGGGAUCAUUUAGUUAUAUUGAUGUGAGACACUUAUUCCCUUGGUUGACAGCAAUAGUUGAUUUUUAAUUUGGAAGUGAUAAUGCUUCUAUUAAUACUUCUUUAAAACCUGUUAUUAAACUAAAUUGAAGUUUUUUUUGGAAAAGUAUCUUUUAUGAUAUACUUUUUAGCUUGUGCAAAUCAUCAUUCUUACUAUCGUUUUAUCAUUAACGUGUGUCAUGAAACUACCUUUCAAUGUUUUGAUCUUAUUUGACAAUUUUUGGGUACGUCCAUUCUUUGCUCCUUGUGUUUUUCUGGUCGUCAAAACUCUAUAUCAUGGAGCAACUGAAAUUUAAAUUCACACUGGUAGGCUUCAAAAUGGCACCUUGGGCAAUUAGUAUAUACAUCUGGCCAUACUUGUGCCUGCAUUUCGCCAUUCAUAAAGGCAGCUUGGUUGCCCUGAACACAGAAAGUGAAUAUUUAUUAAAAUAUUUAUGAUUUAUUUAUAUCUAUAAAAAAAGGAUGCACUUUUUUACUUUGUUCCAUGUAUUUUUCCUUUCUGCUAUUUUUCUUCCUUUUCUAGUUGUUACGAACCAGACUGCUCCGGCCCAAGCCGGUCCAGUUCACUCUUUGUAUUAGCGAGCUGGUAUAAAUACCAGCCCUGUAGAAAACACUACGUGAGAAUGAGAAAAUAUUUUUUUUGGGCUUCGGUCGUUCUCCUUUAUCAUGUUACAUUCCCCUUCCUCUGAUGUCGCUGCUGAAAAUUGGAGAAGGACGAUCAGGCGUUUCUGUCACUUGACAAUAUCAUCUUAUAAAUUUCAUGUAAACCUUUAUGUUUAUGAUCUUACCAUUUUCUGUGUACAUAUGGAUAUUUUGUCUCAUUUUUCCUGAUAUUUAUAAUUUUUUUUCAAAACUAUAUUCUAUAACAUUCGAAUCAAUAUUUCCUAGUUGCCUCAAUUUGCUUCCUAGGAAUAGGGUGAUCAGAUAAAAGAACCUGUUCAGCAAUAUUCUUCCUAACUCCGGGUCUUACUUUUGCCUAUGUAGUGUGAGUAUAGAGUUUACUGCCAUAUUGACUCUAUUGUUUGUUUCUCUAAGAAUGCUUGUAGGCAUGGCUGGUUUCAAGAUGCUGAUGGAAAGGAACUUAUUGCCAUGGCAAAUGAGGUCCUGGAACUCUUUCUAAAUUACAUGGAUUUGAAACGAUUCAUGUCUAUAUUAUUUCUUUUGUGACCCAUUAAUAUCCUGACACCUUGUGUCAUCAUUUUUAGAUUUCAAGAAAUUUUUGUUCUGGAAGUUUCUUCUUAGAAGAAAGCAAAGCUUUAUCUGUUAUUUCCAUAAUUAUGCCAAGGUUUGUUGUUGUGAUAUACUCUUUUUAAAGUUGUGGUAUCUAAGCUUAUGUUAAGUGGUAAUUUUUGUAGUUAAUUGUUAUGUUCCCUUCACUGUUCGUUGAAUGUUGCUUUCUUAUCAGUAUUUAAUGAUUUGACAAUUUUAUUCCAGUUUUUCUGGAAGAACGUAUGAUUUAUUUUCUCUCCCUUUCAGUAUUAUUUGUAAGGCUUUUUUAAGUUUUUGAUUUUUUUUAGGCACCUUCCCUGAUUUCUGGAAUAUUGUUAUCUUGCCAGAAUGUAAUUAUUUCUGCAAGUAUUGUUUUAUAUCCGAUUUUUGUAUGAAACAUAUGUAAAUUUAAUUUCAAUUCAGCAGAACGCACAUCUCCAGAAAAUUUUCUGGAUGUUAACAACUCCUAGUCAAUCAUAGUACAUACAACUACCUCUCAAAAAGAUUGAAUAAAUAAAAUACGUGACAGAAUUGCCUGUCUUCCCUCCAGAAAAUGCUGAAUUAAGUUUAUUGAAGGAAUUAAUUGACCAUUUAUUCAGUUUUUGAUCUUCGUGGACCAUAUGCUCUCUUGUUUACUUAACUUUUCUACAUAUGAUGAUGAAAUUUGAUCAAAUUUGACAUUCACUAAAUCAGAUUAUCUCAUUUUAUCAAGGUUUCAUUUUGGUGUACUGUGAGGUUGAAUGCCAUGUGCUUGUGAGAUUCCUACUUAUUUAUUGGAUACUAGCAAGCCUCUUUUUCUUUAAUGUUUAAGCCUUUCUUAUCAACCUCUUGUAUUAUCUUUGGAACUAUUUUCAUCCAUCAGGUUCUCUGCAGAAAGAUCAAAAGGGUCCAGUUGACAUUUAGAGAACCCAAUCUAUUGAACAUACAGUUUCAGUAUUUUCAGGUUGUGAGAGAGUUAUCACUAGACUUGGAAAGAACCGACAUCAGGAGAUUAGGAUGAAAGCAUGGUAUAGUUAAUGUUAUGUACCUCUGUGAAUGCCACCACCCGAAAGUGAUUUGCUGUUUCCUUCUGUUUUCAGGUCGGAGGUGGGUGGCAUUCCAUAAAAUUCCCAAGCCCAAGUCUAGGCUUGAUAUUUAUUUUGGUUUUUUUUAAUCAAACCCAGAUAAAAGUGGGGCAGGCUUCUGGAAUAUCCUGGCCCGUUGCCACUUUUCUCCUUUAUGGUUUUUAGUUUUUUAAUUUUCUCCUUUACACUGCAGUUUCUGUGCCUGUGGCAGCAGUCUGAUAAUUUUCCAGGAGAAUGCACUUUUUUGUUGAUUAUAGGAUCGAUUUUAUCUCGAUAAUUUGACUUAUAUUGAAUGUUAUUUAAUUUUUCAUCUUGAAAUUAAUAUUGCCACUUGAUCAUGUCAAGAUUCUAUUGUUUAGACAAACUUACCUAAUAUUUUUUCUUUCUCAGGUUUUAUCCUCAACUGAAGUUUGAUAACCUGCUUGUCUCAUUUGAAGCCAAGGUUAGAUGAUAUUGUAGUAGUUAAUUUAAAAAACCUCAUUUAUUUGAAUAUCUUAUUAAUAAAUUUAUAUUGGGAGCAUGGUCCAUUGCCUCCCAUUGAUUUUCAAGAAUAUCUCAUAUCUUUCGGUAUCUUCCUUUCUCACAGCCUGGAUAUGACAUUUUGGUCGCUGAUUUUAUUAUUCCAAGGAAUAUACGCCCUCAAACUAAGAUAGUAAGCACCCUCUUAAACCAAAGUUGCUGAAAGUAGCUAAUCUGGUUUAUGUUACUUGCUUGGUGAGCUUAAUAAACAAUGUAAGCUGUUGAUGAUUAUUUAAAAUGAGCUUGCUGUUUUAUGCUCAUAUGUGAUUUUAGCAACCCUGAAACAGUGUUUUUGAUUGUUGAUGGUCUCCACUAUGCCACCUUAGUUACUGCUGAAGUCACUUGACUCCACCCACCGACCACCAUCCAUACCUAUCUCUUUUGGAAUACUUUUUUCCAUUUAAAGGAUGGCUUCUCUAAUAGUUCAGUUGUAAUUUAUAGGAGCACUUUUGAUAUAAUUUGAUGAUAUUUUUCUUUAGUACGGAGAUUUGAACUUUGUGGUCAAUUUGACAAUAUCUUUAACAAGUAUAUGUGCCAAGUUUUUAUUAAACAUGAAGAAUGAAAGUGCUUUUGUUUUGUUCCAUCAAUCACUGAACUUUCCUCUCCUUUUGCCCAUCACUGCUAUGUUAAAAGAUGUUUAUAUUUUUUUGAUGUAUAAUUGCAGAGUCCUCUUCAAAUUAUUAUGGAUCUUCAUCAUGAUAUUUGUAUGGGAAGUUAUUUCUAGCUAUACCUUUGAUGUAAAGAAAGCCCUAAACUUCUCAUCUUUCAUGAGAAGUUAAGUUUUGUGUGUUGGUUAUAAACUAAAAAGUUCACUCUUUCAAGCUGAAUCCAAAAGAUUAUUCGUGCGUGCCUUAUAAUUUUCUCUCUCUUUGCAGAUGCUAUUUGUAUCUCAGACAGAUAAUAUGGAGACAUCUUCUUGCCUCAUAAGCCCGCCUCAUGUCAAGUAUGAUUCUGUUUUAUGAGUACUUUGGUAAGUUUUCCCGGAAAAGUAAAAUUCCUGGCAAUGAUUUGCAGCUUUAUUGUAAAUGGAAGAGCAGUGGAAAGAAGGACAAUCAUUUUCUCGGUUAGCCAACUACCAUUACACCUUUUGAGCCUUGCCUCGUUUUUUUCUAGUAUUGAUAAAUUAUUUUUAAAAUAUCAUUUACUUAGGAUAUAGGGCCUCAGUUUCCAACAGAUAUAACUGAAUUACUGAAGUAUGGAACUAAUCUCAUCCAAGCUUUUGGCUUCUUCGGUGGUACGCUCAGGAGUCCUGAUAUAGAAUCCUGAAUUCAUUUGUCCUUGUUUCUCUCUCCUCUAUCUGUCUGAUACUUCAUUUGACAAGCAGGUCAUUAUAUAAUAGCAGUAUCUUUAAUGAGCACUAUACCUUCCUCUGAAAUCCCUCUGCUCCAGGAUUAUGUACCAUCAGUUGCUGCGACAGUUCCGCCAGGUAUUCAAUCUUUAUUCGAUUUUUCAUCGAAAGAAUCUGUAGGAAAAAAUCAUUCAGGUUGCUUAUAUGUGCUUAGCGUAUGAUGGAUAGUAUAGAAGCAUAUGCUUUACUUAGGCAUAUAUGAUUCGCUCAGAUCUACCCUGUUUUGAAGUUAGUUUUUCUGUAAAUAUUGUUAUUGCAUUGCCUCAAUUUAUGUUGUGUCCAUUUCGGAUGUACUUCACCUGCAGACUUUGUGGAUUCGGUUUUUUUGAGUUGAUUUUGGUCAUAGAUUUCUGUGAUCAACUACAAUCACUGCGGUUGAUGGAUUCUCCAUGAGAUUCUUGUCAUUUAAAAUCUGCUGAAGUCCCAAACAGAAAGCCCACAGAGAUAUUAUAUCUUGCUUCUUAAGCCAUUAUUUCCAACUUGAACUUUCCCCUUGCACAGCUCAAUAAUGGCUUCUUAAGCCAUUAUAUUCUUUUAGCUCAAAUAAAAUGUAUUCCACCAUUCGAUGGGGCCCAGACAUUUCAAAUAAGUUACCAUAUGACUAUCCUGAAAAAGAUAAUUUUUUUUCGGUCGAGACCACGAGGAUCAAUACCUUUCUGGCUAACAUUAUUGUAAACCUUGGUUCAAAUUAAAGAUCUAAAAGGUUGCUUCCUAUCCCUCACACAUGAAGGUUCUUAUCAUGCUGCCUUCCUCUCAUUGUCUGCUAUAUUCCAUCCUUAUAUCCCCUUGUGGAGGACUGUUUGUGGAUUCUCAUCAAGACUCGCAUGCCCCACUUUUAUUCGAAGGUUGUCCUCAUGUGGGGACAUUUCUGAGACUUCGACCCGUCAUUCUUUGGGUUAAAUUCGUCAUAUUAAACAUGGAAAAGACUGUCAGAUAUGCACUUGUGUCAUUGAUGGGCUUUUUCAUGCAUAUAGUGACCACGUUGCUUUACAUACUAAAAAGCAGCAUAAUCAGAGAACACGAGUGACAUGCUUUAUUCGAUUAUUAUUCUUAUUAUUUUAAUUAUCUUUUUAAUGCUAUAAAUGAAUAUUUACUUUUAUUUUUUUGUGGCAAUUUUUAGAUGCUGAAAUAAUUGAGGGCCCAUCAAAGAUUUCACUUAAUUGUCCCAUAAGGUAACUAAUGACAUUCUGAAAUUUUAUACUCUUUUUUUUUCUGCUACUCUUAUGCUAUUUUGAUGUUUCGUGUUAAUCUCACGCAACUUUCUAUUUUCUCAUUUAUUUAGCCUUGUGAGAAGAUUUCAUUAUUUUAGAGAUGAAAACAAAAUGAUUUCAUGGGUGUAUUACGAUUCUUAAUUGCAGGAUUUGUGCAAAUGUACCAUCACCGAAUCAACUUUUUGAUCUUUCUUUUUCUGUAAAGUUGCAUCUGACCAGUAAAUACUGGGUGCAUUUCUCAGACAGCAUUCAAUGAUUCUGUCUGAGCACCAUUAAAACCAUUUGGAGAUCAGUCAUUUAACUGUGGGAGGAGAUGGGACCUCUAUUUACCACCACAGGUGAUCUAUUUACAUCAUUGAUGACCGGCCCCAUGAAGUAUAGGAACUUGAUGGAUAUUGUGCAUGAUCUUGUUCAUACAACUAAUGGGUUACCGGUAAUUGAGAUCAUUAAUAUUUCUCGUGAUCAUCUGAGAUGGCAGGUGUAGCCAAGCCCUAGAAAUGCCAAUUUUCCUGACAAAAAGAUGAUAGGUUCUUCUCCAUAGAUAUCAGAACCUCUUUGUCUAGGGGAUAUGUGCAGAGGGAAACAAGAAAGUUUUAAUGAACUUAGUGUGACUAGAUCAAUGGAGGAUCGUGCAACUGCUCCAAACUUCAAAAAUUCCCCCCACAUGUCUCAUGCUCAACAAAUGGUUCAACUUUUUUUGGGGGAAGGCCUCUGUAUAUUAACCUUUGGCUGAAUGCAUUGCUACCUUUUUGUGCCUUUGGAGGAUCAUGCAUACUCUUGGGUUUUUUGAGGGUGCCUUCUCAAGCAUUUUAACCCUUUUGCAUUGUAAAGUACGGGUCGACUCCUUAGGAUGCAUUCGAAAAAUAAAACACUACAUCAGUUCAAUCUGAACCUUAAACGAUCAAAUUUGCUAGAAAUAAGUGUAUGCCUAUAGAUACAUUUUGGAAUUUGUCUAAUUUUAUGGUCACGAAAAUUUAUGGUUACUUAUAUAUUUCUUACUUUUCAGUGGCGAACUGCCUGCCAUUUAGAAUAUUGACUAUGAGUCCCAUUUAGUUUGAGCAUUAAAUUGCAAAGAACCGUCAAAUAUAGUGAUAAAUCUGUCAAUAUUUUGCAAAAGACGGCAAAUCAUGUUGAAAAUAUCUGUGCAGCAGUAUGUCACCUUAAUUUUUGUCCGCUUUGAGCUGCUGUUUUUCAACAUUUUAGUAACAUGGUGUAGACUAUAGCAUACUGUAAUCAACUUUUUUGCGACUAUUAAUGGCAUCCACAUGGUACCAUCCGGCUGAUUUUCGCCCUGUCAUGCUAUAACAGCUUCAGGCGUAUUAAAACUCCUGUCAAAGGUCACCUUUGUAAACACCAUCAGGUGGGUACCCCUUCUCUGCUUUUCACUUGAUUCCCGAUCAAGGAGUAGCAUAACAGAUUCCGAAAAUUUUGAUUUUGUUUUCAAUUUGCACCGGUGCAGUGCUUUGAUUAUGAGAACUACAUGGCCAUGAAUGCUAAGAGGCCAUGUUGGCGAUGCCCUCAUUGUAACCAGCCCGUCAGCUGCGUUGACAUAAGGAUCGAUCAGCACAUGGGUAAGGUGAUUUCUGGAGCAGACGCACUGUGUGCUACUUAUACUAGUUGGCGGCUUUACCAUUGAAUUUUAUCACCACUUUUUUUUCUUCUCAGGUUUUGGCAGAGACCGGGGAGGAUGCUACUCACGUGAUUCUUGAUUCUAAUGGAUCUUGGAAGGUUGUAGAAUACCGCGACACUGCAGAGAAACUGGAUAGUGGGAUGGAGGCAGAUGAAACGUUUGAUAGCUUUGGUUGCGAGGCUAGCAGGGCUUCAACUGGUUUAUCUGCUGUUGUGGAUCUCACCAUGGAAGCAGAAGACUCUCAAGGUGCCCCCGGCACAUCUCCCAGGCAAAUAGAACCCUCGGAUAAUCUACCUUACCAGGACAGGGAUGGUGGUCAAUGUGUACCUGAGGAUGGUAAGCCCUUCCAAGAUGCUUCUCGGGGUGUUUCUUUUAUUUCUUCUGCGCAAAGUAGGAGCUGCACCUUGGAGGCCAUUCGAGCGAGUCAGGGUCAAUCAGGGCAUGAUCUGGCGUCCAGGGUUUCUGUGGCAAUACCUGCAUCACUUGGUAGACUACACGUUCAACCAGUUUUAGGGUCGCUUCCCCAGUGUCAUUCUACGGAUCCCGUGAUCACAGAUGCUGCUUCACCUGCUCUUAGUCGCGAAGGAGCAGAGAUGGCCUCACUUUCCUCGGCACCAAGGCAGUUUAUGGACAGCUUCCAGUUCUUACAAACACAUGCUGUAAGCUCCUCCGCUGGCGAAAUUGAGACUCAACCAAUACCACGACACGUCAAUAGAGUACCUCUUGCUAUUCAGGCUCUGCCGGCUCAAACACAAGUUCCCAGCUAUCACCAUCAGAGGGCCUGGACUGCUGCGGCUAGGUCAGGUCCAGUCCCAUCCGUUCCUGUUCAGACGUCCCCCUCAAUGCCUUUCAUUCCCGAUGAGAUCAGUCCAGCAAAUACUGAGACAGGAAGGCAGCCGGUUUCAAGGGCAUCCGGGCUUGGACUGCCAUCUUUCCAGGUUCACUCUGCGUUUCAGGUUCGACUCCCCUCUCCUUGUGAAGACAUGAAAUUCUCUUCUAUAUCUUGAACCUUUUUUAUGCUCUUAGUGCUGCUAUAUUCUCUAUGAGCAUGACUCACUCACGUCUGUUCAUCUGCAAUAUUUUUCUUCAUCAUGAAAGUAACCGGUUCAAUUGUUGCAAUCAUUACUAACUCUGGGCACCAAGGGGCGCGUUUUCUUCCGGAGAUCACGGUCCAUAUUGGAUGCGUAAAUAUUCAGAAUUUUCCGGUUGAAAAAUCUCAUAUUUAAAUUAUUUAAUGGACCGAAAUGCGAGUUUUGUGAUUUAAUUCUGACGUAGUUCUAUAAUGCUUCCUCCCCUUUUCUGACACAACUUUCUUGUCCAGUACUGCGAUUCUCAGCAUCCCCGGUACACGAUGAAUCCAGCAACCCUGAAUGUCGGAGGCCUUCCUGCGCAGAACCCAGUCAACUCGAGGUCUCUUCCCAGCCAGCAAAGGGGAGAGGGGUCUCUCGGUACGCAUCUCCAGGGAGGCGGUCAAACCACUCAACAGCCCUAUCACAACCUCUGGUUACAGCAAGCAAUGAACCAGGGCCCAAGCAUCGCUCCUCUUUCUCGUCUCCCCCCAGCACCAGUUCAUCAGCAGACGACGCAAAGCGCUAUCAACCCCGUAGCCGGCGGCACGGUGAAUAACAUUCAAGUUCCCGCGUUGCAGACCCCAAGAAUGCCGUCAUUUUUGUCCGGCGCCGCCCUCGACAGCUUCGUGGGAUCUGGCGGGGAGAAUGCGAGGAGUUUAGGGGAGGUGACGCCGGAAGGACUCGGCAGAUCUGGCGGGGCUGGGGAAGCGACGGCGGAACAGAGCUGGCGCCCGAGUGGCCGAAUGCGAGGGAGCUUGACCGGCAGCGAGUACUCCUCGGCGUUAAGCCAUUAUACGGUUCGACCAAGCCGGUGA